AGGAGGAGCCUGCCUCCAUUAUUUAUAUUUUGUCUCCCUUUUUAUUUCCUCCCCUCCUUCAAAGUCUGACACGUCCGCAGUGAGUGAGUGGCGUUGGCAGCCUGUCAAUCCGUCACCGGGGCCGGCAGCGAGAGAGGAAAAAAAAAAAAGAGCCAGAGAGAAGCCGCCGGAGCCAUAAAUUUCCCCCCUCCGCCCGGGAAGACCCGGCACCGGCCCCCCAUCCAUCUCUCCCUCAUCACCCGCCGACCACGGAGAAAACUUUUUUUUUAAUUGCCGCUCUCAGCCUUCAUCAUCCGGGCACCUUACCCCAAUAUCAGUACCCCGCCCCCCCCCUACCCCAGCCGGGACACAAGUUCUGAUUGAUCGAUCCCUCCCCGGGAGGAGAAGACUGGCAGCUCCGGGAUGGAGGAGAGAGAAGGAUGAAGGAUGGACCAAGUCAGCAGAACAACAAGAAGAAUCCCAGGAAAAUAAAGCAUCAGCCGCUCCGAGGACAUCCCGGAACCCCGAUACUUUCCUGAUCAUCACACCGGAGAACCCCAAUACUUCCUGAUCACCACACCGGAGAACCCCAAUACUUUCCUGAUUCCCCCGGCCCGUAUCAUCACUCCACACAGGAGAACCCCAAUACUUCCUGAUCAUCACACCGGAGAACCCCAAUACUUCCUGAUCACCACACCGGAGAACCCCAAUACUUUCCUGAUUCCCCCGGCCCGUAUCAUCACUCCACACAGGAGAACCCCAAUACUUCCUGAUCAUCACACCGGAGAACCCCAAUACUUCCUGAUCAUCACACCGGAGGACCCCAAUACUUCCUGAUCAUCACUGCACACCGGAGAGCCCCAAUACUUCCAGAUCAUCACACCGGAGAACCCCAAUACUUCCUGAUCAUCACACCGGAGAACCCCGAUACUUCCUGAUCACACCGGAGAACCCCAAUACUUCCUGAUCAUCACUCCACACCGGAGAACACCCUUCUAUCCUCAUCUCUUCCAUUAUCACCGGGAGGAUAUCAUUAGAAUCCUCAUCUCCCCCCCACAGGACAUCAAUUGCAACAUUCUUCACUCUGCUCUCAUCUCCUCACAUUGCAACAUUGUCACCAUCAACCCUUCACAUUGAAAGUGUGUUGGGGAGAGUGGGACAGUCAUUGCUAACUGUCAGAUCCCCGUCUAAAUCUGAAGAUUUGCAACAUUGUUACUUUUCUUUUUUUCUGAUCUCCGAGGAAAUCAAUUGCAACAUUGUCACUUUGCUCUGAUCACUUAAGAUUUGAACAUUGCCUCUUUGAUCCCUUUACAUGUAAAGGAGGAAGGGGGGGCUCAUUUGGUAACUGUCCUAAGAAAUCACUUGCAACAUUCUUACUUUUUUUUUUUGAUCCAAGGAGGAAAUUAAUUGCAGGACUGAUCCCAUUUUUAGAAAGGGGUGGCCUCAUUUGCUGUCAGAUCUCCCCAGGAAAUCACUUGCAGGACUGAUCCCUUACAUUUUUAGAAAGGGGGUGGCCUCAUUUGCUGUCAGAUCUCCCCAGGAAAUCACUUGCAGGACUGAUCCUUUACAUUUUUUAGAAAGGGGGUGGCCUCAUUUGCUGUCAGAUCUCCAUAAGAAAUCACUUGCAACAUUGUUACUUUUCUUGAUCAGAGGAGGCAAUUAAUUGCAGGACUGAUCCCUUACAUUUUUAGAAAGGCGGGGGCCUCAUUUGCUUGCAAUCUUCCCUAAGAAAUCACUUGCAGGACUGAUCCCUUUCAUUUUAAGGAAGGGCUCAUUUGCUAGCUGCCCCCCCCCCCCAAAAAAAAAAAAACACUUGCAACAUUCUUACUUUUUCCAAUCGGAGGAGGGAAAUAAUUGCAGGACCAAUCCCUUACUUUUUAAGAAAGGGGUGGGCUCAUUUGGUAACUGUCAGAUCUCCCUAAGAAAUCACUUGCAACAUUCUUACUUUUUUUUUCCAUCCAAGGAGGAAAUUAAUUGCAGGACUGAUCCCUUUCAUUUUUAGAAAGGGGGGGCUCAUUUGCUGUCAGAUCUCCUUAAGAAAUCACUUGCAACAUUGUUACUUUUCUUGAUCAGAGGAGGCGAUUAGAUACAGGACUGACCCCUUUCAUUUUAGGGAGGGGGCUUAUUUGCUAGCUGUCAGAUCUCCCCAAGAAAUCACUUGCAACAUUCAUCCUUUUUUUUACGAUCCAAGGAGGAAAUUAAUUGCAGGACUGAUCCCUUUCAUUUUAAGAAAGGGGUGGGCUCAUUUGCUAACUGUCAGAUCUUCCUAAGAAAUCACUUGCAACAUUGUUACUUUUGUUGAUCUGAGGAGGCGAUUAAUUGCAGGACUGAUCCCUUUCAUUUUAAGGAAGGGGGAGCUCAUUUGCUUACUGUCAGAUCUUUCUAAAUCUGAAGAGGAAUCAUUUGCAACAUUGUUACUUUUUUUUCUGAUCACAGAGGAAAUCAAUUACAGCACUGAUCUCUUUAUUUUAAAGGAGGGGGUUCAUUUGAAUAUUGUUACUUUAAUCCCUUUAAUUUUAAGGAAGGGGGAGCUAUAACGGCUACCUGUCAGAUCCUAACUGGUCAGAUAACAAACCUUUAGGAGGAAUCAUUUGCCAGGGGGGCUCAUUUGCCAACUGUCAGAUCUCCCUUACCUGAAAGAGGAUUCAUUUGCCACAGUUACUUUUUUUUCUAAUCUCCAAGUAAAUUAAUUGCAACACUGAUCUCUUUAAUAUUAAGGGGGGAACAUUAUUACUAAUUUUAAAGAAGGGGGGGUCAUUUGCUAACUGUCAGAUUUCCCUAAUCGUAAAAAAGGAACCAUUUGCAACAAUUACUUUUUUUUUAUCAAUCGCAGUGCUGAUCCCUUUAAUCUUAGUUGGGGUUCAUUAGAACAUUGUUACUUUUGAUCCCUUUCAUUUUAAGGAAGGGAGGGGGCCUUAUUAGCUAACUCAGAUCUCCCUAAUCUGAAGAGGAAUCAUUUGCAACAUUGUUAAUUUUUUCUGAUCUCCAAGGAAAUUAAUUGCAGGACUGAUCCCUUUAAAAUUUUAAGGUGGGGGGAUUGUCUUAACAUCGCUCAUUUUAAAAAAGGGGGGUCAUUUACGAACUGUCAGAUCUCCCUAAAUCUGAAGAAGGAAAUCGUUUGCAAUAUUGUUACUUUUUCCUGAUCUCGAAGGAGGAGAUCAAUUGCAGCACUGAUCCCUUUUAUCUUAAAGGGGAAUCACCCGAACGUUAUUACUUUGUCUCCCUGAUUUUAACUUUGCUAACUGUCAGAUCUCCCAAAUCUAAAGGAGGAAUCAUUUGCAACAUUGUUCCUGUUCUAUUCCUCAAGAAAUCAAUUGCAGCACUGAUCCCUUUGCUCUUAAGGGGGAGGUCAGCUGAACAUUGCCACUGAUUUUAACGAAGGGGGGCUCAGUUGCUAACUGUCAAAUCUUUCUUAUCGGAAAGAGGAGAUUGUAACAUUGUUACCUUUUCUAAAACUCAUUUUAACAAGAGGGAAAUCAAUGCAACAUUGUUACGUUUUUCUUUAAUGCUAAGAAGGGGGCCAUUUGAAGAUUGUUACUUUUUCUGAUCCCUAGAAGUCAGUUGCCACAUAGCUGCAUUGUCAGAUAUCCCUAAUCUUAAGGGGAGGAUCAUUCGAACAUUGUUACUUUUUUCUGAUCCCUAAGAAGUAAAUAAAUCGUUACACUGUUACUUUGUCAGAUCCCUGACAUAUUAAGGGGGAAAUCUUUUGUCACGUCCAUAUUAACAUAGCUACUUUGUCAGAUACCAUACAUCCUAAGGGGGACAUAAUUGGAACAAGGUUACCUUUCCUGAUCUCGUUUUUAAUAAGGAGGAAAUCAUUUGCAACAUUGUUACAUUGCCCUUCAAGGGGGAAAAUCAUUGUUACUUCUUUGAUCUAAACUUAAGGGGGGGGGGGGGUCAUUUGAACAUUUAUUUUUAUUCUGCUUUUUUUUUUUUGCACUAAAUGGAUAAAAUCACUCAUCAAUAAACUUGAUCUUUGAAAAUCAAUCCUCUUGAUCAAGAGCUGUCCAGGUGUUGAGGAAAGAGUGGAAGCCAAGGCACGGGUUUGUGGUGAGGUCGCCUUCCCAUGGAAUAAAACGAUCAGAAGAAGAAGAUGACAGCUCAGCCUGAUGACAUCUGACACCAUGUUGCAGAGCACCGCAUGGCUUUUUGUGUUGAUUGUAUGAUCCUGAUGGGAUGAACUGGUCACUGGCCUUGUGUAUCUGAACACUAGAUCCAGGACUGUCCCUUUUUACAUGAGACCCCCAGAACCGCUUUUGUCUCUGGAAUAAAACUCUGAUCUCUGCACAAAGACAAUCCUGUGAUUAAAAGCAUCAUCAGCAGGGGUGCUCCGGUCUUGUGUUACUUUAUGUUUUUGUUUUUUUGACGAUCUGAUGGAGUGAAGAUCUGUUCUAACUCCUUGGUUGUAAGUGUGAGGCUGGGAUCUGAUGUGCUGGACUGAUGAUCUGAAUUGAUGGAGUGAAGAUCUGCUCUAACUCCUCGAUUGCAAGUUGGCAACAAAAAGAAAAGGGAGAAUCGGAGUGUGAGGCUUGGCUCGGACAAUUGCCAUUGUUGAUGUGCGGGGCCCAGCAGUGCUACCCCUGACUGUGAGGUCUCCCCUUACAGUCGGUUUUUCAAUUGAUCAAAAAGGAGUAUGGACGAUCCGACCAGGAUGUUGCAGACUUUGGCCGGGGUGAACAUGGCUGGUCACUCAGUACAAGGGGGGAUGACUUUGCCUCCACCACAUGUACACGAUGGGACUGACGGGGAUGGCAGGAAGCAGGACAUCGGUGACAUCCUGCAUCAGAUCAUGACCAUCACUGAUCAGAGCCUGGAUGAGGCACAAGCAAAAAAGCAUGCACUGAACUGUCAUAGGAUGAAGCCAGCGCUCUUCAGUGUUCUAUGUGAAAUCAAAGAAAAAACAGGUCUCAGCAUCCGAGGUGCACAGGAAGAAGACCCUCCAGACCCACAGCUCAUGAGACUAGACAAUAUGUUGCUGGCUGAAGGUGUAUCUGGACCCGAGAAGGGAGGCGGAGCCGCAGCAGCUGCCGCAGCAGCAGCAGCUUCAGGUGGAACUUCAGAUAACUCAAUAGAACAUUCCGACUACAGAGCCAAACUUAGCCAGAUCCGACAGAUCUACCAUACAGAACUGGAGAAGUAUGAACAGGCUUGCAAUGAAUUCACAACCCAUGUGAUGAAUCUCCUAAGAGAGCAGAGCCGGACACGUCCAAUCUCUCCCAAAGAGAUUGAGAGGAUGGUGGGCAUUAUUCACAGAAAAUUCAGCUCCAUCCAAAUGCAGCUGAAGCAAAGCACGUGUGAAGCAGUCAUGAUCUUGAGGUCGAGGUUUCUUGAUGCCAGGAGAAAAAGACGUAACUUCAGUAAACAAGCCACAGAAAUCUUAAAUGAGUAUUUCUACUCCCAUCUCAGCAACCCUUACCCAAGCGAGGAAGCCAAAGAGGAGCUGGCAAAGAAAUGCAGCAUCACAGUGUCACAGGUAUCCAACUGGUUCGGGAACAAGCGAAUCAGGUACAAAAAAAACAUUGGCAAGUUUCAGGAAGAAGCAAACCUCUAUGCGGCUAAAACAGCCGUGAAUGCAGCUCAUGCAGUUGCUGCUGCUGUGCAGAAUAACCAGACCAGCUCUCCUACUACACCAAAUUCUGGUUCUUCUGGUUCUUUUAAUCUCCCAAAUUCAGGCGACAUGUACAUGAAUAUGCAGAGUCUGAAUGGGGAUUCUUACCAAGGGGCCCAAGUUGGAGCCAAUGUGCAAUCACAGGUGGAUACCCUUCGUCAUGUUAUCAAUCAGACGGGCGGAUACAGUGAUGCUUUGGGAGGGAAUCCACUGUACAGUCCACACCACCUAAAUGCUAAUGGAGGGUGGCAUGAGGCAGCAACCCCUUCCUCCGUCACUUCCCCAACAGAAGGGCCCGGCAGCGUGAACUCUGAUACCUCUAACUGAGUGAUCCAUGCUCAAGCUGUAUGUGUGCAUCUCAGCAGUCUGGAUGGAGCUUUCUCUAUGACUAGGCAUCAUUUUCGGUCUUUAUUGAAAAUUUUGUGAAGCAGAGUCCCAGCUGCGUGGAGGACGAUCCUUCUGUUUCAGAAAACUCUUCUUCUUCAGAUUGGUGGUGAUGCUUUGCCUGGUUCAAAUAAGGACCUACACAGCCACAUUGUACAAACCAGCUGAGACAAGUUGCUGGAUUCCAGUGCGUCUUUUUUUUUUUUUUUUGUUAUAUCACCACUUUCAAAGCACUUUAUCUAAUUGGGCAAAGAUCUGAGAUAGAAUUUGAGAAACGAUCUCCACGUCCCAUCGGCACUUUUUAGUAAACAGCUAAAUUGAAGGCAUGAACUAGCAGCUUUAAGAAGAAGUGUUUGCAUGUGUGCCCAGAAAAUCUGGGGUCAUAGGGAAAGAGACAUUUUACACUUCCCAACAAUGUAUACCUGGUAUCAACAUUUCUUUUUCCAUUUUUUUUUCUUAUAUAAAACAUUAAAAGCGCUAUUGAUCUAUGAAGAUGCAUCCACUUUUACAGGGAAAAAAAACGUGUACAAAUGUAUGCAGUAAAUCAAUCACUUUAGCAACUGCACUCAUUAAUUAAGUCCUUUCGUGCUUACAUUUAGUUGAUUGUUUAUUUUGUCAUUGAAAUACAUUUAUGCUUAACUUGCUUCUGUGCUUCAAACUUUUGUUUACAUGACAUUGUCAAUUAUAAUCAAUGACUAAUGGUUAGAGGGGCCAAUAACGGAUUGACUUAUUCAACGACUAUUGUAAUUUUAAAGGACCAGUAAACCUAGCAUAAGCUAUAAAUGUUAUUUGGUUUUGGUACCAUAAGAAAUGUUCUCCCAUAAAAAUAAAGUUAUAUAAAGCAAACAUAUGCUUAAAUAACAUACACCUAUGCUAACUCUCUUGCUAAGAUAGAUAAAUAACGGGAGUGAUGAAAAUUCAGCUUUAGGUGACCUUCAGUAUUGGCUACAACUCUGAAUGCCUAGGUAUUUGAUCACAUAACCUCUACUGAACAGAUUAGCCAAUCUGAACUACUUUCUCUUUGUGGAGGCCACAUGGUUAAGGGCCAAGGCCUUCAGACAUGGUGAGCAUUGAAACAAACCUAGAGAAAGAUUUUCUCCUGGAAGCACAUUUACCUUCCAUUUCUCUUUGUUUAUCUAUACCAGCCAACUUAAUAUAAUUUGUGACCAGUUGGAAUUUGUUAUAAAAAAAAGGUAUCAAAGGCAUUUCGAAAAAUUGCAUCUGUAAUAACUAAGGAGUAACUCCAUUUUUGGUUGAGAAAAAACAAUCCCCUCUGGAUGAUCAAUAUACAAGGAUUUUCAAAAUGUUGUUGCAGAUUCCUACCAGUUCUCUGUUCUGGAGAAAAGGGAACUGGUUUGUUAUUAAUCACCUGUGCACUUUUAGUGUUCUGAUUAGAAAAGCUGCAGGGUCUGCAUGCCUUUAGAAGUAAUUAACCCUUAGGAAGUAUCCCACCAAAAUUGAAAUUUCUAUUGCAGAAUUCUGGGAAAAUCAGUGGACCAAUCAUACACUCAAUCAUAUAAACAGGAAAUUACAUUUCUGGGAGCAUUCCGUAUGCCACCAGUGUACAGAAGUAACCAGUUUUCCAUAGUGCAUGCAAAUUUACAGGAAAUUACAGCAGCUACAAAUUAAAAGGGGAAUGUAAUUCUGAUGACAUUAAAUUACAAUAUAGCUUAUGUGGCAAUUAUAUACCGUAUGCUAUUUUUUUUUUUUAUUUACUACUUCUUUCCAUGAAAGUGGAGUUCCUCUUAAGUUGGCCAAUAAAGGGUAUCACUUAAAAAUUUAACUUCCUGACCAGGAAGAAGGGUGUUUUGCUCCACACAACUGAUUUUCUCCUCCAUAAACCUACUGAAAGAUUGUAAAACAGAAAAUACAG